CGUUUCUACAUCUUGCAUCUCGCCUUUUGCGCUCUCACCGAUGGCCAACUCAGGACCUUCUGCUGCACGGCCUGUGCAAAAGCGCAGGCUGAGACUGCGAUACGUCGCCGGAACCCUCGUUUUAUUGGUUUCGGCGCUAAUCGCGUUUCUUGCGAACAAUGGCGACCAGGCACCGUCCGUGCAGGAUUAUUACAGCUCACUCGAAUCACGCGUGGGAUACUGGUUACUCUUGGGGAACACCAGACAUUGCGGUCUCUACGAAAAGGGCCAGCUCUCGCCAUUCCCAGUCUCGAAAGCGCAAAGAGCAAUGGAAGAGAAGCUUUACACGCGCUUAGAUCUCAAGCCUGGGUCGAAAGUUAUGGAUGCGGGCGCAGGCUCCGGCUAUGUCGCCAUGUACAUGGCACGCAAAGGCUUCAACGUCCAAGCAAUCGACAUCACCCCACACCACCUUGACGACGCGCGCAAGAAUGUCAAGAAGAAUGGCCUCGACAACAAGAUCGCUGUCGACUACGCCGACUACCACAACUUGACGAUGUUCCAGGAUGCCUCGUUCGACGGCAUCUAUACCAUGGAGACCUUCGUCCAUGCGGAUGAUCCAGCCAAGGUUCUACGAAACUUCCACCGCCUAUUGAAGCCUAGCGGCGUCAUCGUUCUCCAUGAAGCGGACUUCAGCCGUAAUUCCAAGGUCCUCCGGGAUGUGUUGCGCCUAUCGCACUGCCAGAACACGCUCGAGGAGGGAGGAUACGAGCAGUUAGUCGCCAAUGCGGGAUUCCAGGAUUACUCGCUGGAGGAUCUGACCGAUGAGGUGCUUCCGCUCUGGAGGCUUUUCGGCGUCGUCGGGUAUGCCCCGUAUCAGAUUUUCAAGCUGCUAGGCAUCCAGCAUAAAUUCACCAAUGUCAUGGCGGGCGUGGAGACUUGGCUGAACUGGGGCGAUGGGAGGUACAUUUCUGUCAGGGCUGUAAAGCCCUAAUGCGGAGACACCUUGCUGGUUAAGGGAGUAUACCAGGAAUGAACGUGUACGCUAUGGAUACGGCAUCGGCGCACGCCAUUUGGAUAAGAUAGCGGGACACGCGAUGAGCGGCGAGCCAGCGAUAUGUAAUUUUCCUA